AUGUUUGGGAUCGAACACCGUAUGGGUACAUACAAGGGAUAUGUUCGUAACUUUGCUCAUCCUGAUGGAUCCAUUACUCAAGCAUAUGUUGUCGAUGAGGCUGUCACAUUUGUAUCUCGUUAUGUAGAUGAUAUCGAGACAAGAUUCAACCAUGAAUGCAAUUGGGAUAUAUCAACUACUCAACAUGGGUUGGAGGUAUUCAUCAAUAAAGUUCGUACAUUGGGUGCUUCAAAAUUCGGACAACUAGGGGAGGCUAAUGGUGAUCCUAAAGCAACCGAUGAUUUGUACGCCUUGUCACAAUUUCUUGAUGAUCGCUACACAGAGCAUGUUGAAGAUGAAGUAUUGAUGAAUGAUAUAUUUCAAGAAGAGGAAUCUAGUGAACUACCACCUUUUCAACCAUCCGAAGAGUUACCUAACACCUCUUUCAUAGUUCGAAAUCAUGUAGAACCUGAAACAUUACCACUUGAGGCGGUGCUAGCAGUACGUACUAUAAAUGUCGUUGCCGAUAACUUAGAUGAUGUUGAUGAUGAAUUUGAUGAUGAUGUUGCAAAAAGCAUAAUAUCAAAAAGAGGUGAACGUGGUAAACGAGGUGGACUAGCAAGAGAAGAUGGACGACGUAACACUCCCUACAAUACAUCAGUUCUGGAUACAAACCCCUUAAUAUCAAACAAUCGGCAAGAUCUAAUCUCUCCAAUCUCGGGUACAAACACAGUUUUUGAGACCGAGCAAGAAAGUGAUAGUAAUGCUACAAUUGCAAAGCGUGGCAUCACUUGUGGCAAAGGUGCUCGGAAGGCAAUGAAAGCGUCUAAGAAGAUAUUGCCCAUAAAAUUUAAUUUUGUAGCAAGACGAGUAAUAUGUAACAAUGAAUCAGCUUUCACAUAUGAGUGUGGCUAUAUUUUACAUAAGAAUUGUAGCUUACAACACAAAGAGUGGAGGCUUGUAUCGAAGGAAGAGAAGUUUCCAUUACGCCACAAGCUAACUACGAAUUUUGAUAUUGAUGUGGAAAAUGAAAAUGUUUGCAAAGUUAUCGAUAGCUAUAUGGCAAGGUCAUGGAGAAAUUUUCGAGUUGAUUUGCAUAAAUACUUUAAAGAGAUUGGAGGACCAGAAGACCCAAUAAAGGCAAAGACUAAACCCCCUUCAAAUAUUCGUAGCAAAGAAGAUUGGGAGUAUCUAUGUGACAUGUGGUGUGAGCUAAAAUACAUGGAGAUUGCAAAAAAGAAGGUUGUUGCUCACGGAAAGCGAAAAAUGGAGACAAGAAAUGGAUCGAAGAGUACAAUACGCUAUCUUGUUGAGCUUGGACAUGAUGUGGAUUCUUCAUCGGGUCAUAUUGAGACUUGGCAGUUUACACAUUGGGAUGAAGAAAAAGAUUGGAAAUCUAUAGAUAUGGCUGCAAAAUAUGAAGAAAUGAAAAAUAUGAGAAACGAGCAUUCCUUGGAAUCAAUGAGUGACAAGUUGAUUCUAGAGAAGGUACUUGGACGAAGCUUUGUUCGUUUGUUCGGUGGGGACGUGAUCAUGUUGUCGUUGGUAACAUCGCAGGUUCUACUGAGAAAUCUAAGCAUCCUAGUUACAAUGAAUUGGUGGAUGAAUUGGAAACAAUGA